GUGUACUCGUAUCUUUAAAUUCUGUCAUUGUCAAGAAUAUAGAGGAAAAAAUGUUUAUUAAGUCAUUAUAUUUAAGCGUUUAAAUUUUCAACGUAAUCAGAAAAUGUGCGCCUUAUGUCUGUGACAUUGAAAUUUGGGUGGGGACGCAGUAAUACAAUGUUGCAUCUCAUUUUGAUCUCUCUUGGAUUUACCCAAAGAAUUUAAUCAUGCACCCUGCAUCUGCAGACAUUUGGAAAAUCAGCCCUGAGGCUAAACUGAAAUAUGAUGAAAAGUUUUUCCAAUUAAAGCCUGUAAAUGGAUACAUUACAGGUGAUCAAGCAAAGAAUUUGUUCCUCAUGUCAGGUUUGCCUCCACAAAUUCUAGCUCACAUUUGGGCAUUGGCUGAUCGAGAUGCAGAUGGCAAGAUGGAUGGAAAUGAAUUUGCUAUUGCAAUGAGGCUUAUUGAAAUGAAAUUACAGGGUUAUGAAGUACCUAAAUCAUUACCACCAACCAUGCUUGCCCAACCUCCUGUUGUAAUGGCUGCAGUACCUGGCUUUAGGCCUCCAAUGGCUCUAGCAGGUGCUGCAUUACCUAUAGCUCCUCCUGCUCCUGUUGGUAAUAUUACAGCAGGGUUUGUUCGACCAGCAUCACCUGUAGACAAACCACGUUCUUGUUCUGUUAGCAGUCAGGAUUCCCCAACGGGCCUUCCUGCUGCUUUAACAGAAUGGGCUGUUUCUCAACAGUCAAAAUUAAAGUUCACUCAGCUUUUCAACUCUUAUGAUAGGACUCGAACUGGUUUUCUUACUGGUGCCCAAGCAAAAAACAUGCUUGUUAGUACAGGAUUGAGCCAACCUGUACUGGCUCAGAUAUGGUCUUUAUCUGAUAUUGAUGGUGAUGGCAGACUUUCUUGUGAAGAAUUUGUUCUUGCCAUGCAUUUAGCUGAAAGCGUGAAAGCUGGAGAUGCUUUACCUGGGGUAUUGCCUCCCGAUUUAAUACCACCAUCUCAUCGCCGUAAAAGGUCAACAAGCAUUCAGUCAACUGGUUCUGCACCUAGUCAUGGCCUUGGUGAAAUUAAUCUGCUUGGAGAUUUCAAGGAUGAUAAAUUAUUACAACAAACUACUUUUGAGGAUAAAAGACGGGAAAAUUUUGAGAAAGGACAAGCAGAACUGGAGCGUCGUAGGCUUGCAUUACUUGAAAGUCAAAGAAAAGAACAAGCAGAAAGAGAAAGAAAAGAAAGGGAGGAGCAAGAACGUAGGGAAAGAAUAAGGCAAGAGCAAGAAAGACGUAGACAACUUGAACUUGAAAAACAGCUUGCAAAACAAAGAGAACUUGAACAAGAAAAAGAAGAGCAAAGGAGAAAAGCACUCGAACAGAGAGAGGCUGCUCGUAGAGAGAUGGAAAGACAAAGGCAACUUGAAUGGGAAAAACAAAGACGUCAGGAGUUAAUAUCUCAACGCCAAAAAGAACAAGAAGCUGUCUGUCAUUUAAAGAACUUAAACAAAAAUCUUACCUUUGAAUUAGAGCAGUUGUCAACUAAAAUAAAUGAAUUAAAUGAAAAAAUUGGUGAUACAAGGAAAAAAGUUACUGAUUUAAAAUCAUCUAUAGACGAUAUGAGAACUGAAAGAGAUACUAAGUUAAUGGAAAUGAAUAAUGUCAAAGCUAAAAUAAAGGAAAUGAAUGAUCGACUUUUAAUUUUAUCUCAAGAAAAAAUAAGCAUGAAGCAACAACUCUCUUCAGUUAUACCAGCUAAUCCUAUAAGUGAUUCAUAUAAUUCGGUAAUGCAUAGUUUUAGUAAUAAACAAGCCAUAUUAAAUCAAUUGCAAAACAACUUAAGCAAUAUUGAAAGUGAAACAUCCCAAAAGCAGAAAGAUAUUGAAAAUAAUACUGAUCAAAUAAAGGAGCUUAAAGAAAAACUUCAAGAUAUUGUAGAAAAUUACAAAAAUCUUUAUUCUCAAUAUGAAGAGAAAAAAGUCAUUUUCUUGGAGGAGAAGAAAUCUAGAGACGGUACGAAUGCUGUUUUAGGAAAUAAUACAGAAUUUGGAAACAAUGCUUGGGUUCCUAAUGAUACUGGUACCACAGCUGCAUGGAAUGAUAAUGUUGCACCAUCUGCAAAUUCUGAAAAAGUAGUUAAGUAUAGAAUUUUAUAUGCCUUUGAAGCUCGGAAUCCAGAUGAGUUGUCUGUAAUGCCUGGUGAUAUAGUCCUAGUUCCAGAUGGUCAAAGCUCUGAACCUGGUUGGCUUGGAGGGGAACUUCAUGGAAAAAAGGGCUGGUUUCCAGAAGCUUAUGCUGAAUGUCUUGAAGCUUCUGAAGAUGCAUUUGCUGAGGAGAAUGCCUUUACCAAUAGUACUGCUACAAUAGGAGCCCCUACUGAAACAGUACAUAUUGUUGGGACGGAGAUGAAGCGCACCCUAGAAGGCAUUUCUGAAGCUCCUGAGAAUGGACCUGAAUCCUUAGAAGUGAAAAAUGUAAUUAAAGAUGUUUUGCAGCAUUCUGAAAAUUCUUCCUUCACCCAACCUCAAAAAACAACAUCUAUUGAUACUGUCUCUCCCGUUCCUGGUCAGGGUCAAAGUAUGCCUGAUGGUUUACAAGCCCAAGCCUUAUUUCCAUGGAAGGCUAAGAAAGAAAAUCAUUUGAGUUUCAACAAAGGAGAUGUUAUUACAGUCAAAGAACAGCAAGACAUGUGGUGGUAUGGGGAGUUUCAAGACAAACUUGGAUGGUUCCCAAAAUCUUAUGUGAAAUUGAUAUCUGGACCUAUGAAAAUCAAUGAUAGUCAAGAUAAUGCCUUUAAUAGAAAUGAGCUUCAAGAACCACCAGAAGUAAUUACUUCUCCACCUGAAGGAAUACCUGAGUACUACGUAGCAACAUAUUCCUAUCAAUCUCAGGAACCUGGUGACUUGUGCUUCCAAGUAGGAGAGACAAUCUUAGUUACUAAAAAAGAAGGUGAUUGGUGGACAGGAACAAUUGAAAAUAGAACUGGAAUUUUUCCUAGUAAUUAUGUGAAAAAAAGUGAUGAACAGGCACCUGUAGUAAUAAAUGAGACUGAAACUAAAAGUGAUUUUUCAUUUUCAUCCACAUCUAUAGAGUAUGAGACUUCAAUGUAUAGUCCAAAACCAAGGGGUGGAAAGUUUAGAAGAGGUGAAAUUGUGACUGUCCUAGCUCCAUAUAAAGCCACAGGUCCAGAGCAGAUUUCUUUGGAAAAGGGCCAGUUAAUCCAAGUUCGUAAAAAAACCUCGGGUGGCUGGUGGGAAGGAGAAGUUCAGGUGAAAGGCAAAAAACGACAAGUUGGUUGGUUUCCAGCAUCCUAUGUAAAAGAAUUAAGCGGAAGUAGAGCUAGUAGUAACCGGAGCACUCCAGAAACCAUGCUGUAUUCCAGGUUCAAUGAAAAUCUCAAUGGCAGUCCUCAACAAUCAGAUCAAGUUGUUGCCUUGUAUCCUUUUGCUGGUCAGCAUAAUGAUGAAUUGACAUUCCAAAAAGGAGACAUUAUUACUCUUGUCAAUACAGAUGAUCCUUCUUGGUGGAAAGGAGAACUAAAUGGUGCUUCUGGCUUAUUCCCUUCAAACUAUGUUGAAGUGCUAAAGAAGUCAAGCUCCUCCACUCAAAAUUGCACAACUAGCAUUUUGUCUUCAUCAUCAUUAGAAUUUCUUUCUCCAAAAGAACGUAAAAGGCAACAGCAUAUUCAUGAGUUGAUUUCAACUGAAGAAUCUUAUGUUGAAGAUAUGUCAAUUGUGUUAGAUGCAUUCCAAAGACCUUUAAGAGAGUCGGCUACACUAACAAAAGAAGAAUUGAGGUCUAUAUUUGUUAACUGGAAGGAACUUAUUGUUUGCAAUACAAAACUUUUGAGAGCAAUGAGAGUAAGAAGACGCAUGAGUUCAAAUAAUAUAAUUGAGAAAAUCGGUGAUCUUCUUUGUGAAAAUCUUCCUCAUUUCACUCCAUACAUUCGGUUCUGCAGUUGCCAGUUAAAUGCUGCAGCCUUAAUUCAGAACAAAUCAGAUAACUGUCCUAAAUUUAAAGAAGUUUCAAAACUGUGCUCAACUGAUCCCCGUACAAAAGGGAUGCCUCUGAGUAGUUUUCUUCUGAAACCUAUGCAGAGGAUAACCAAAUAUCCUUUGCUAAUUCAGAAGAUUCAUGAAUAUACAUCAGAAAACCAUCCUGAUUUUUCUCAUUUGAAAGAAGCUCACAAUCUUGCUCAGUUAUUAUGCAACCAAGUGAAUGAAGGAGUAAGAGAAAGAGAAAACUCAGAUCGUUUGGAGUGGAUACAGAAUCAUGUUCUCUGUGAUGGAUUAGCCGAACAAAUUACUUUUAAUUCACUGACAAAUAGCCUUGGUCCAAGAAAAUUGUUGCAUGCUGGUAUUCUGUAUAAAGCUAAAAGCAAUAAAGAACUGAUGGCUUUUCUCUUCAAUGAUUUCUUGCUUCUAACACAACCAUUUAAAGAGCUGGGGAAAAUCACAAACGUCUUUACAUCUGAAAGAGCUAUGAGUUCACUGUAUAAAAUGUACAAAAAACCAAUAUUUUUGAACGGAGUCUCAGUAAAGUGCACUGAUGUUGAAAAUAAUCAAGACGAUACAACCUUUUUUGUCUGCUAUUCUGAGUCAGAACGAAUUCAUUUCCGUGCUUCAACCACAACUGAAAGGCAAUUAUGGUUGAAGAAAAUUGAGCUAGCUGCUAGUAACUUUUCUGAAGUUGAGAAGAAAAACUUAAAUAAUCAAAGAAUAAUGAGAUCUCAAGCUAUACAAGGUGUGGGUAGAUUAUUAGUUGUAGUUGUUGAAGCUAUGAAUCUGAGAGCAUGCUCAAAUGGUCAAAGCAAUCCAUACUGUGAAGUCAAUAUGGGCUCACAGGAGCAUAAAACAAGAGUAAUGCAAAAUACUUUGAACCCCAGAUGGAAUGCAUCCAUGCAGUUUCUUGUCAAAAAUUUGCAUCAGGAUGUCUUAUGCAUAUCAGUUUUUGACAGAGAUUUGUAUUCUCCAAAUGAAUUUCUUGGCAGAACAGAAAUAAAGGUGUCUGAUAUUUACAGAGAGACAAGACAAACUCACGAACCUGUCAUCAGAAGUCUGACAUUGUAUGAAGUAGAAUGUGGUGAAGUUGUGAUCAAAUUUGAUUUACAGCUGUUCGAAGGAAAUUAGGAAUGAGGAAAGAAAUUAAUCCCCCACUCCCCCUGUUUUAGCUUCAAUGACGAUACUGACUAGAUGUUCAAACAUAGAGCGUAAGGUUGUAUCAUACAUUUUGCUUUUAGACUACAUUCCAUUUAUAGAAGACAAUCAUUACUUUUAAAUUCAGAAAUCAUAGAAAAAAUGAUUUCUGCUUUAACCUUCUUUUCUCUGCUUUAGUCUCAUUGACACUAUUGUUGUUGAAAUAUAGUUGGUUGUAUCAUAUAGUUUAUUUGUUUGUUGUUGUUGUUGUUUUGCAUUGUUUUGGUAUGCAUUUCAUUACACAUAAAUACAAUCAUGACUUUUGAUUCAGAAGUUGUCAUAUGCAUGGGUAAAACUGACUUAGAUUAAAAUCCUGAAUGCACAUUGAACUAGUACAGAACAAGGGCAAAGUCAAAAAGGGUCUAAAAAAUGGUUGCAAUCCUUCCCCUUUCAAAGAGCUUUUAUCCAGUACUUAUAUUCUCGAAUGUAAGCAAAAAGUUUUUUUUUAAAUCCCACACACUUAUUGUGAAAAAGAAAUAUUCUAUUUGGGAUAGGUAUUGGAAGAGAAUAAGCAAUAAUGAUAAAGGGUGUUUCAAAUUUAAUUUUCUAACUCUACAUGACUAAAUUAGACUACUGUAAAUAUUAGUGCUUGUUUCAAUUUAACGUUCACUGGUAGUUUUAAGGAACACAUUUAUGAUACAAAUCCAUUAAUUAAUUCCCAAAAAAUGGACCAUGUAAAUAAUAACAUUCUGCCAAUAUAACCCCAAAGCUUGUUAAAAAGUUAUUAAAAAUUACUUCGAACGAAUCAACUGUUGUACUUGUCCAGAAGCGUCGAUUUGGUUGACAUUAUUUUCCUUUUUUUUAUAAAAAAUAUUUAAUUGAUAGAAGUAUAUCUAAGGUAAUAUAUUACAUUUUGUGUGUUUUUGGGUUUACUUUCUCUUUCUCUCUCUUUUUAACAUUGAUGUUGAGAAAACUCAAAUAGGAACCUCCUAUACAUUCUACACUGUAUUAUUAAAAAUAUUACAUUCUCUUUAAUGAUGACCAUUUCAGAUGUCAGCAAGUUGUGGAAAAAAGAUUCUAAAUUUGUUUGUUACUGGAAUUCCAGGCUUUGUCAGUUUAAAAAGAAACCUGAAGUCCCAGGGUAGACCAGAAAAAGUUUCACCCCUGCUUAUAUGUAUAAAGACUUUGUUAACACAUUGUGAUUCAUUCAUUAUAUUAGUGUGUAUAUUAGUCAUCAGUGCUUGACACAAAAAAAUGGGCACCCGAAGGAUGGUGUGAACAUAAAAGUUUUAACAUAAAUACCUAAUUAAUUAAAUAUGAUAAAGAAGAACAUGCGAUCAUUUAUAUUGAAAAUAAUUUUGGUAGUCCCAGAAUUUCAAAUUGAAAUCUAUAUUACUGUGAUAAAAGGUACCUUGAACGUAUGUAACCUAUUUAAAAGGUAGAAGAGUUGUGAAUUUAUGUUGUAAAUAUAUUGUAUGUAUUGAUUUCAUCUCUCGCAUACCAUGAAAGUAUAAUAUCCAAUGCCAUUGAUGUAGUCAUGUAAUUAUAGUAAAAUUUUAAUUUAUACAAUAUAUUGUAUAUGCUUUUUUUUCUGUGUGCUGUCAAAAUGAACGCAUUUUUCAUUUUAAUUUAUUUAAAAUAAUUACAAUUAAAAUGCAUUAAGAUUAAAGUAAAUAGUUUAUUUUGUUUAUUUGUUUGUGAACCUUUUUUAAUUUUUUACAUUUUUGUAACAUAAAUAUUAUUAAUUAAUUUAAAAUUCAAUAUUUUCCUGUUUUUUUUUUUUCCUUAUUGCACAUUGAAGGCUUUUUUGUGCCUACAGUCUGACCACCGAUGAGAUGGAAAGGCAAACAUCUGGUUCGCAGGCGGAAAUGCAUGCAUCUAUUAGUUUACAGGGGUGUUAGUUUGUUUGUUAUAGAUGUGCAUCUUAAUUAUUUAGACCCAGUUUUGAAAAAGUGACAAUUUGUUCACAGCAAUAAUUUUUAAAUCUAAAAUAUAUUCAGUCUGUAUGUUCACUACAAAAAUGAAUUGAUUUAUUUUAUCCUCAACAUAAUUUUGAGAUUACCAUUUUGCUUUUACAUCUCUGGACAAAAUAAAAACAUUUUAUUAUUUUUUUUUCUUUGGUUGUUUCCAUAGAAACUCUUUUUGUUUCCACUCAUUUUCAACUUAGAGAAACUAAUGAAUUAAUUAGACUCUAGUGACAUUAUAAAACCGUGCAUCAAAUAUCUUAUCGUUAUUUUUCCUUCUCGCCUGCAAGAUUCAUUCAGAUAGAAUUGUCCUAACUGGAUCGUUUGUCAGAUUCCACGUAAUCCAAGGGUGCCCGCUUGGAGGGGGGGGGGGAUGGCGCAGACUUUACUAUUGAAUCUUUUAGGGGUUGCUUUAAGGGGUAUCUUUUUGGGGGUCUUUGUGCUUUGUGGUAUUUGAAGGGGGGUGCACCCCUGCUCUUGGAGAGGAUGGACACCCCUGCAUAAUUAGUGGUCAGACUGCAGAUAUAUAUCUACAUGUAUACAUGCAAAAAAUAUAUGUUUGUGUUUGUCUAUUUAUUGUAUGGGUUUUAUGAAUACAUAAAGAAUAUGAGGUCCAAUAUAUUCAAUCGUUAAAAAUUAAAAAAUAACUAGAAGUACCCAUUCCAGCACUAUUACUCAUUCCAGUUAGUGCCUGUCAUAAAAAUGUUUAGAUAUGUGCUUGCUCUAUCUCUAUUAUGGCAUUCAUUUCCUUGUAUUCAACAAAAAAUUUGUUACUGUUACUAUAUAAUUUCAUUUAAAUAUGUUGAAGUCUAUGUUUCAUUUUAAAGAU